AUGCUCAAAUUGCAGACGCACGAAAUGGAGAAGGAAGGGACCAAUGAUUUGCCCACCUUCUCGGAGGCCCCGGAAAUCAGCUCCAAAAUAUACGAUCACAUCCUCGAGUUGGACUGUCGCACGGAAGCGGGAAAUUCAGUUCGCUCCAGAGGAAAAUACACCGAAGCGACUGCUCGUGGGGAAGUUCAACAAGAUAAAGAAGCCUACCGAAGCAGUCACAAAGUGAAUGGUAAGGCACCUUCAAAUAAAAAUGACAGAGUGGGCGAAGAACAAUCCAUGGGGGAAACCCAGGACAACCACAUCGUGCUUUCAAACCACAACUGGUGCGAGCUACGAAUGGCUGCGAGAAGGGGAUCCAUGCAGGACCUCAUCAAGGAUACACACAAAAAUGCUCUGGAGCACAAACAGACCAACUUUUUAUGCCUGGAGGAAAUUUUGAAGAAGAUGGACCUGAUGCUGCAGCUGCAAAUGAAAAUGAGCCAAUCGGUUGCUUCACACCGGGAGGAGCGCCAGUUGUUCUUUCAGCACCUUUACGAGCUGAAAAAACAAGUCGCUGACAAGGCCUUCAACUCGCUGUGUAACAAAGACCUCGCUAGGCGAUACGUAGAAUCGAAUCAAGCGAAACAAAAGAAAGAGAUUACACUUUUCAACACAGAACCCACGUACAUGGAGUUACAAAGGGAGAAAUAUAACCCAACACAAGGCUGCGACGUGGCCACAAAGGGGACCAAGAAUACACGUCUGUUCUUUUUUCACUUAAAUGAGUUGGAAGAAUGCGUGUACUCCUUCACUCAUUUUUGCAGAGAAAUGUCCACUCAGAUUUGUCCUCCGCGUGAGGAGGGGGGAUAUACCUAUUCGGAUUCGCUUGAGCAGCGGUUUUUUUCCUUCCUAAGGAACCCCCAAGCAAUGCAACUAAUUAGGGGCCUCGAAAAGAACCUAACAAAGAUAAAGAGUAUUAGGGGGGGACCCACAAAACGCGACGAACCCUUCUGCCACAUUUUCUCAAACAAUUAUAUUAACUUCCAAAAACCCCUGAGCCUGGAGCUGCUGUACCCGAACGGCACGGACGAGCCGCCAGACUACAAGGCGCUGCGGGACCAUCUGAGGAAGGAAGGACGCAUACGAAAGGAAGACUGCCUAGACAUAAUAAAAAAGGUGAUUGACAUAGUGAGCAACGAGCCAAACUUAUUGCGGCUCCAAGACCCAAUAACCAUAGUGGGAGACAUACAUGGCCAGUACUACGACUUUUUAAAAUUGCUAGAAGUGGGAGGAAACCCAGAAACGACUCAAUUUCUUUUCCUUGGUGAUUAUGUGGACAGAGGAUCGUUUAGUAUAGAAGUCCUGUUACUCCUUUAUGCAUUAAAAAUAAAUUUCCCCAAUAAGAUUUGGUUAAUAAGAGGGAAUCAUGAAUGUAGGCAAAUGACCUCAUUCUUCAAUUUCAGGGAUGAAUGUGAGUACAAAUACGACAUGGUAGUUUAUUAUGCCUUCAUGGAAUCAUUCGAUACCAUCCCCUUAUCUGCUGUAAUAAAUGGAAAAUUUUUAGCUGUACAUGGAGGUCUUUCUCCACAGCUAGUACUUCUUAAUCAAAUCUGUUCAUUCACCAGAUUUCAAGAGCCUCCUAGGUCAGGUAUUUUUUGUGACAUAUUAUGGUCUGACCCAAUCGAUGAAGAUAAAGAAGAACAUACAAUUCAAACAGAGUCCUACUUCCCUAAUGACAUUCGAGGAUGUAGCUACUUCUUUGGUUAUAAUGCCGCCACAACCUUCCUUGAAAAAAACGGAUUGCUCUCCAUUAUAAGAGCACAUGAAGCACAACUCGAGGGAUACAAAAUGCACCAGACUAAUUUAAAAACAGGCUUCCCCAUUGUUAUAACCAUUUUUUCAGCACCAAAUUAUUGUGACGUGUAUAAUAAUAAAGGAGCUGUGUUGAAAUUCGACAGUAACACCCUCAACAUACAGCAGUUCAGCUUUUCUCCACAUCCUUAUCACUUACCCAAUUUUAUGAAUCUGUUCACCUGGUCUCUUCCUUUUGUUAGUGAAAAGGUCACUGAAAUGCUUUAUUCCAUUUUAAACUCCAGUGUGAAUCAGUCGGAUGAAGGAGUGAAGGAUGUUGUGCUUCCUCCAGAAGUACUACAAAUUAUUAAUUACAUUGAAGAAAAUAAUAUGAAGCUAGACGAACUCAGUGUGCGUAAUGGCGUUGCCGCCACUCACCAUACGGUACACGAUGAAGGCAACUCCAUCGAGCAAGGGGCAGACACACCCUCCUCUCCUCAGGCCAAAGAAGAAGCCCUUUUCAAGGAUGGCUGCUUCAACGAGGGGGCACCAAAAAAUGGGCAACUUUCAGGCCGGUCUGCUCAUGUCGCUGCAGCGGCUACCGCUGCCUCCGCCUCGCUAGCUGGGUCUACUCAGCAGAUGGGUAGCCAGGCCGAGCAAGCGGCCCAACGGCUGCACAACGAGGACGCCCAGGCCUCCAAGGAACGAUCCGAUGCCCUCAGGAAAAAGGUCCAAUCGGUUGGCCGUCUCAUGAGGGUCUUCAGGACACUCCGCAAGGAAAACGAACUCAUUGUGCAGCUCAAGGGAUGCAGCCCCGGCUACAGGAUCCCAGUGGGCCUCCUCCUGCAGGGCAAGGAGGGCCUGGAGAACGAGCUGGAAAAAUUCACAAAGGCCAAGCAGAUCGAUAGCAUAAAUGAGAAGCGCCCGCCGAACGAGAAGGAAGGACGCAUACGAAAGGAAGACUGCCUAGACAUAAUAAAAAAGGUGAUUGACAUAGUGAGCAACGAGCCAAACUUAUUGCGGCUCCAAGACCCAAUAACCAUAGUGGGAGACAUACAUGGCCAGUACUACGACUUUUUAAAAUUGCUAGAAGUGGGAGGAAACCCAGAAACGACUCAAUUUCUUUUCCUUGGUGAUUAUGUGGACAGAGGAUCGUUUAGUAUAGAAGUCCUGUUACUCCUUUAUGCAUUAAAAAUAAAUUUCCCCAAUAAGAUUUGGUUAAUAAGAGGGAAUCAUGAAUGUAGGCAAAUGACCUCAUUCUUCAAUUUCAGGGAUGAAUGUGAGUACAAAUACGACAUGGUAGUUUAUUAUGCCUUCAUGGAAUCAUUCGAUACCAUCCCCUUAUCUGCUGUAAUAAAUGGAAAAUUUUUAGCUGUACAUGGAGGUCUUUCUCCACAGCUAGUACUUCUUAAUCAAAUCUGUUCAUUCACCAGAUUUCAAGAGCCUCCUAGGUCAGGUAUUUUUUGUGACAUAUUAUGGUCUGACCCAAUCGAUGAAGAUAAAGAAGAACAUACAAUUCAAACAGAGUCCUACUUCCCUAAUGACAUUCGAGGAUGUAGCUACUUCUUUGGUUAUAAUGCCGCCACAACCUUCCUUGAAAAAAACGGAUUGCUCUCCAUUAUAAGAGCACAUGAAGCACAACUCGAGGGAUACAAAAUGCACCAGACUAAUUUAAAAACAGGCUUCCCCAUUGUUAUAACCAUUUUUUCAGCACCAAAUUAUUGUGACGUGUAUAAUAAUAAAGGAGCUGUGUUGAAAUUCGACAGUAACACCCUCAACAUACAGCAGUUCAGCUUUUCUCCACAUCCUUAUCACUUACCCAAUUUUAUGAAUCUGUUCACCUGGUCUCUUCCUUUUGUUAGUGAAAAGGUCACUGAAAUGCUUUAUUCCAUUUUAAACUCCAGUGUGAAUCAGUCGGAUGAAGGAGUGAAGGAUGUUGUGCUUCCUCCAGAAGUACUACAAAUUAUUAAUUACAUUGAAGAAAAUAAUAUGAAGCUAGACGAACUCAGUGUGCGUAAUGGCGUUGCCGCCACUCACCAUACGGUACACGAUGAAGGCAACUCCAUCGAGCAAGGGGCAGACACACCCUCCUCUCCUCAGGCCAAAGAAGAAGCCCUUUUCAAGGAUGGCUGCUUCAACGAGGGGGCACCAAAAAAUGGGCAACUUUCAGGCCGGUCUGCUCAUGUCGCUGCAGCGGCUACCGCUGCCUCCGCCUCGCUAGCUGGGUCUACUCAGCAGAUGGGUAGCCAGGCCGAGCAAGCGGCCCAACGGCUGCACAACGAGGACGCCCAGGCCUCCAAGGAACGAUCCGAUGCCCUCAGGAAAAAGGUCCAAUCGGUUGGCCGUCUCAUGAGGGUCUUCAGGACACUCCGCAAGGAAAACGAACUCAUUGUGCAGCUCAAGGGAUGCAGCCCCGGCUACAGGAUCCCAGUGGGCCUCCUCCUGCAGGGCAAGGAGGGCCUGGAGAACGAGCUGGAAAAAUUCACAAAGGCCAAGCAGAUCGAUAGCAUAAAUGAGAAGCGCCCGCCGAACGAGUAG